AUGUUACAAGAGGGCUUGUUUCAUCAUGUCCGGCGAGCGGCGCAGAUGCAUCCUCACCCUGAUUUCACCAGCAAUGCUGAACCGGUAACAGCAAGCACGAGUUUGGCCUCUUCCACAACCGAAAGCUCGACGACAUCCUCUUCAAGUGCAAUAGCCACAACGGCCCCGACGCCGACCACAGAUAUGGCGCCGCAUGCUGCCUUUCUUUACCCAACGGAGGUGAUGACCUUGAACAACAUUGAUGUGAUCCAAGUCAGCUACCAGACGGUCUGGAACAAUGUAGACCUAUCCAUCUUUUGUGAGCUGAGCCCAGGCUCGGAUCAGUUCGCAUUGGCCAAUGUAAACCAAAUCCAAUCCAAUGGCACAUACGCCAUUGCGCCCAUUCAAGCCGGGAUGCAAAUCCCGCAUUAUCCUACCUAUUGCAACUUCAUGCUCUGCGAUGCCCAGAAUAAGACAGACUCGACCACUGCAGCUGGCUUCACGAUGGUCAGCACCCAAGGCAUUGCCACAACCUACGCUUUGGCCGCUACACGAGCAGCAACAUCCUCAGCGACACAAACCCCCACGGGCUCCGAGCAAGCUCCGACAGCGACGGGAGUUGCCAAUUUGUCCUCCUCGCCAGGCGCAUCUGCAGCAGCCGAGACAGCAGUUUCUUCGGCCUCUCACACUACUGGAAUAGGCAAUGGCGCCAAAGCGGGUAUCGCCAUUGGCGUGAUUCUCGGCAUCAUCGCCUUAAUAACCGCCAUAUUCUUUUGCUUACGAAAAAGACGGCAACUGCACAAGAUAGGGGAUAUGGUAACACUAAGGAGUACAGCGUCGUCGGUGGACAUUGCGGCGCCAUCUGAGAAGGUUGCAGUAGCAGACUCUGCGCCGGUGUCAACCGCAGCCCUACCUUCCACCCCUUCACCAGACAAUGAUGGAUCUCCGGUUACGGGUUUCAAGAUGGGGGAGAAUCAUCGCAAUUCAGAAGAUUGGAGACGGUUUUUUGGCAACGGGAAAACUCAGAAGCCCGCAGCUUCGCCUUGA